AUGAUCUGCGGCAGGAAGGCUCGUCCCGCCCCCGAGCAGCCCCGCGCCCCGUCGGACGGUGCCGGUGGCUCCUGGCGCUCCGGGAGAGCCCUGAAGAAAAUGGGUGAGUCCCGGGAGGACCGCGGGGAGCCGGGCAGAAACCCCGGGAGGGCUGAGUGUGACCACUCGGGCAACGAGCGGCUGGAGGGCCGGGAGCUGGAGGAGUUUUGCCGGCGGCUCCUGCAGCGGCCGGAGCUGGAGGAGCUUUUCGGGCGCUACUCGGGCGAGGAUCGUGUCCUGUCGGCCGAGGAGCUGCGGGAUUUCCUGCGGGAUCAGGGCGAGGACUCCAGCCUGCGCCAGGCCCGCGCCAUCAUCCGCAAGCACGAGCUCAACGACAAGGCCAGGCAGCAGGACCUGAUGAUGCUGGACGGCUUCAUGAUGUACCUGCUGUCGGCCGCCGGCGACAUCCUCAACCAGGAGCACACCCGGGUGCACCAGGACAUGAGCCAGCCCCUGAGCCAUUACUUCAUCUCCUCCUCCCACAACACCUACCUGACCCGCACCCAGAUCGGCGGCACCAGCAGCACCGAGGCCUAUGCCAAGGCACUGAGGGCAGGGUGCCGCUGUGUGGAGCUGGACUGCUGGGAGGGCUCCGACGGAGAACCUGUCGUGUACCACGGCCACACCCUCACCUCCAAAAUCCUCUUCCGUGACGUCAUCGAGAGCAUCCGCAGGACGGCCUUCGAGAGAUCACCCUACCCUGUCAUCCUGUCCCUGGAGAACCACUGUGGGCUGGAGCAGCAGGCCACCAUGGCCCGCCACAUGAAGGCCAUCCUGGGGGACCUGCUGUUGACGCAGCCGCUGCAGGGGCAGGACCCCCACGAUCUCCCCUCCCCGGAGCAGCUGAAGGAAAAGAUCCUGGUGAAGGGCAAGAAGCUGCCAGAGCCGUGGCAGGAGCCCCGGGGAGUCACCUCCCUCCUGGACCCGGAGGAGGAGGAAGAGGAGGAGGAGGAAGAGGAGGAGAAGAUGCAGGACAGAAGCAACCGGCGGUCGCUGCAGGAGAUCAAACCUCUGCCGGCCAAGGACGCGCUGCAGGUGUCCCCGGAGCUGUCGGCCCUGGUGGUUUAUUGCCAGGCCGUGCCCUUCCCCGGGCUGGCCCAGGCCCUGCGCCACCCCCGGCCCUGCCAGAUGUCCUCCUUCAGCGAGAGGAAGGCACGGAAGCUCAUCAAGGAGGCGGGCCCGGCGCUGGUCCGGUACAACACCCGGCAGCUGAGCCGGGUGUACCCGCUGGGGCUGAAGAUGAACUCGGCCAACUACAACCCCCAGGAGAUGUGGAACGCCGGCUGCCAGCUGGUGGCCCUCAACUUCCAGACCCCGGGGUACGAGAUGGACCUGAACACCGGGCGCUUCCUGGGCAACGGGGGCUGCGGGUACGUCCUGAAGCCCCCCUGCCUGCGCAGCCCCCCCGGAGAGGGGUCCCGGCGCCUAGAGCUGCACAUCAGGGUGAUCACGGCGCAGCAGCUGCCCAAGCUGAACAGGGAGAAGGGCAGCUCCAUCGUGGAUCCCUUCGUGCGCGUGGAGGUGCACGGGGUGCCAGCUGACUGUGCCCGGCAGCAGACCCGGCACAAGCUCAACAACGGGUUCAACCCGCGCUGGGAGGAGACGCUGCGGUUCCAGGUGCGGGUGCCCGAGCUGGCCCUGCUCCGCUUCGUGGUGGAGGAUUAUGACAGCACCUCCUGCAACGACUUCGUGGGGCAGUUCACGCUGCCCCUGCCCAGCCUGCGCACAGGGUACCGGCACAUCCACCUGCUCUCCAGGGACGGCGCGUCCCUGUCCCCGGCCACGCUCUUCGUGCACGUCCAGUGCAGGAGCCUGUGAGGUCCCCGGGAGAUCCCCGUGGGAUGGUGGGGGGAGUCGUGCCCCCCCCAUGGGGGGCAACGUGCUUCUCCGUGGGGUGGGCACCCUCCUGCUCCCGCGUGGGGACAGCCCAGGGACACCGCU